GCCCAGAAUCCUUUGUAAACGGCUAUGUACCGUACUGUGCCGUUGUACCGUGCGGUGCGACACCUCGAAUGGACACACGACGACCACAAGAGAAAAUUGCUGCAAAUCAAAAGAUUUUUCAGCACUCACCAUUGUCUCACAAUCCAAACUUUCACACUCUUUCACAUCAAUCAUCAAAAUGCAAUUCUCCAAAGCCGUCCUUUGCCUUUUGGCCUCCGCCGCUAGCGUCAACGCAUUCGCUCCUGCCCGUAAGUUGUCGUUAUUUCAUGCUGAAGGCCAGCAUAAUACACCCUGAUGAAUUAUGUCGUCGGAAAUCUGCAAUGACCCUUGAACGAUAUCGAUCUCUAACUUUACUUUUUCGAACAUGAUCUGUUACUCGUUCAGAAUCUUUCCGUGGCCUUCCUACCGCUCUCGAGGCCAAGAAGUCCAUCGAAGACUUGUCUGAUGAUGAACUUAAGGGAAAGAAGGUUCUUGUCCGUUGCGAUGUCAACGUUCCCCUCGACGGAAAGACUAUCACCGACGAUACCCGCAUCCGAUCCAGCAUCCCCACCAUCGAGUACUUGAAGAGUAAGGGUGCCGUCGUCACUGUCUGCUCCCACUUGGGACGCCCUGAUGGAAAGGAAGACAAGUUCUCCCUUGCUCCUUGCGCCGAGCGCAUGUCCGAACUCCUCGGACAGGAUGUCACCCUUGCCCCUGACUGCAUCGGUGAGGAAGUUUCCAAGGUUGUUGAUGCCGCCAGUGAGGGUGACGUCAUCAUGCUUGAAAACACCCGAUACUACAAGGAAGAGACCAAGAACGAACCCGAAUUCGUUGAGAAGCUUGCCGCUCCUUUCGACCUUUUCGUCAACGAUGCUUUCGGAACUGCCCACCGUGCCCACGCUUCCACCGAGGGUGUCACCAAGUUCUUGCAGCCAUCCGUGUCCGGAUUCCUUUUGGCUAAGGAACUCGAAUACCUUGAUGGAGCCGUUGCCAACGGAGAAAAGCCUAUGGUCGCCAUUGUUGGUGGAUCCAAGGUUUCCACCAAGAUCACCGUCUUGGAAGCCCUUCUCGACAAGUGCGACACUGUCAUCAUCGGAGGAGGUAUGGUUUUCACCUUCUUGAAGGCCAAGGGACUUGAAGUUGGUACUUCUCUUGUCGAAGACGACUUCGUUGACACCGCCAAGGAAGUCAUGGCCAAGGCCGACAAGCUCGGAAAGACCAUCCUUCUCCCUACCGAUAUCGUAGUUGCUGACGAAUUCUCCGCUGAUGCCAACAGCAAGGUUGUCACUGCCGAUGCCAUCCCUAACGGAUGGAUGGGACUUGACAACGGCCCAGAGACCACUGCUGCCCAAAAGGAGUGCCUCUCCACCGCGAAGACCGUCAUCAUGAACGGACCUAUGGGAGUCUUUGAAAUCGAGAAGUUCGCUAGUGGAACCUUCGACCUCGUCAACAUCCUUGCUGAUAUCACCAAGGAGAACGGAUGCGUCACUAUCAUCGGAGGAGGAGACUCUGUUGCUGCCACCGAACAAUCUGGACGUGCCGGAGACAUGAGCCACAUCUCUACCGGAGGAGGUGCCUCCCUCGAACUUUUGGAAGGAAAGGUCCUUCCUGGAGUUGCCGCCCUCAACGAGGCUUAAGCACUUUGCAGCAAGUCACAACGCGACACUGGAUAGGCCCCAACGUGCCAGGCCUUGAUAGAAGUGCGUUUGUGUUUGCCCUUUUCCCUAGUCGCUGCAGGGAAUUCGCAGCCUUGACAAAGAGGAAAUACAUUAUUCUGUAACAUCAUAGACUAUUCAAUUUUUUCCACGAUUCCGGUUAUUUGUUUUUCAUUUUAUCGUUCACUCUUAGAAGUAGACGUCAUCAUCAUGUCGUCCCUUGAAAUACAACCUUCACGUUAAA